GAGCCACAAGUUUAGUGUUCGGCGAUGACGUCACUGCUCCACAUUGAGCUAGCACAGUUGUAGACAGAGAGUGAGGGAGAUAGAUAGAGGCGCGCCGUAGUAAAGUACACACUGUCAUGAAGUUCUGUUUGUAACUUAAUUGUUGUUGCCGUAUUCGGGAGAGGAAGAUAGUUGAGAGACGGGAGUUUGCCUUGACUGUGUUUUAAAGAGCUGGGACAGAAUUUGCACAGAUCUGGGUGAAGAUUUUCGUCAGUUUUGUGAAAGCAAUGUCGUCUGCGGCGGUUGCUGCUUCGAGAAGGCAGUCAUGUUAUUUAUGUGAUUUGCCCCGCAUGCCGUGGGCAAUGAUUUGGGAUUUUACCGAACCCGUCUGCAGGGGAUGUGUCAACUACGAAGGAGCAGAUCGGAUCGAGUUUGUGAUUGAGACGGCCCGGCAACUCAAAAGGGCACAUGGUUUCCAGGAGGGGAGAUCUCCGGGGCCAGGAAAGCCCCAACUGUCGGGAAAAGAAAUUCAGUCCAUCAACCAUUCGACAGGAGACCCCGGUUCGCGGCCACCGCAGCCACUGGACCGCUACCCCCUCUCCUCGGACCGUCCACCCAGACUGGGUCCAGAAUACCAAUCAGGGAGACAGGCUAACGGCAUUCCUGUUCCUAACGGAUUUCCUAAACCAGACGACCCACCAGAACUGAACCGUCAAAGUCCCAACCCGCGCAGGAAUAGCGCAGUCCCACCGAAUUUAGUGCCUUUGGUUAACGGGAGCAUGCCCCCUGUACACGCCGUAAAUGGUAGACCGAUCGGUCUCCCGUCCGCACUGACGUCCGGUAACCCCAGCGACCUCGGCAAGCGACCAGCCUCGGUCUCCAGCACGGAGCACGAGAGGGAGGCGAAGGAUAAACAACAUAGACCGGACAGCCUCAUGUCAGAGAUCUCCGAUAGUCACAAAAACAGGGCAGACGAGUGGAUCAACAGAGGCAAAACAGUGCGGGACUUGAUGGCUAUUCACACUUUCGACAGCAGGCUGAAGAAAGAUCAUGCAGUCAUGCAACAAAGGGUGAUGGGGUACGAGACCAGCGCCACUGCUUCAAAACCAGACAGAGGAAAACACCCACGGAGCAUGAAGAGAAAAGCGUCGCCAGAGCCGGAGGGAGAGGGAACGGCGGCUAAAUUAAACGGAGAGGGACAGCAGUGGUUGCCUCCUCUAACCGAUGGACUGAAAAUGCCCCCUGUUCCCCCGUCAAGUUUCGCCGCAGCUCCCUCAACGAUAUCCCCGCAUCCCCGCACCACCCCGCCCGAAGCGGCGCAGAACGGACAGUCCCCAAUGGCAGCCCUCAUACUGGCAGCGGACAACGCGGGUGGGAACAACUCUCCCAAGGAUGCCAACCAGGUCCACUCCACCACGCGCAGGAACAGUAGCAGUCCCCUCUCGCCCUCCAUGAACCAGAGGCGGCUCGCUCAGAGGGACGGCUCCGGCGCGGGAACACCCCACGUGCCGAGCAUGGACCAAGUGCACCCCCAAAGCAUUCCGGACUCGUCAGUACCAGGCAGCAUACCUCUCUGCUGCACGCUGUGUCACGAGCGUUUGGAGGACACGCACUUCGUUCAGUGCCCGUCCGUGCCCUCUCACAAGUUCUGCUUUCCGUGCUCGCGGGAGAGCAUCAAGCAGCAAGGCGCGACGGGUGAAGUGUACUGUCCCAGCGGAGAGAAGUGCCCCUUGGUCGGUUCAAACGUGCCGUGGGCUUUCAUGCAAGGUGAAAUCGCUACUAUCCUUGCAGGAGAUGUCAAAGUAAAAAAGGAAAGAGACCCUUGAUUUUUUUUUUUUGGAGGGGGAGGGGGUAGGGCAACGAAAAAUACGAGUAUAUAAAUAUAUAAAUAUCACAUACAUACCAUCCAAACAAACUAAUGGACUUGUACAUAUUGGACCUAAGGAAAGUGUAUACUUCGUAAACAUGGCUGUAUAAUUUUUGAUUUUUUGAAUACAUUGUGUUUCUAUAUUUUUGAAGAUAAAGGUAUGUACUCAUUAUAACGGACUACGUUCCUCUUUGUUGAUGUUUAACAAAUUAUUGAUGUACUUCUAGGUCUGGUGGCAGUUCCUGUUUAACGUAGAAUGUGACUAAUGCUACUCUACGAGCACUUGGCAAAACUGAAAUGCUUUUAGCUGUACUUGUAUGCACUUGUUUAAAAUUGCCAAAUACAAUUUCUGAUCUUGUAUGAA